AUGUAUGAUUUUGUUGAGAAUGCUUUGAAUUCUUUGUUUUGCUAGGAAUUUAGAAAAUGCUUGUUUUCACUUUUUAAAUUCUCAUGGGGGGUGGAAGAAAAGAAAAAUAUUGAUCAAUUUUUCACUUACCAAGGCCAUCAAGUGCUAUGACAGUGAUUAUUCUUCUUAUUUUCUCACUCAAACAGCAAAAGCUGAUACAGGAACAAAUUUGAGAGAAUUUUGUGGCAAGUAAAGUCUCCCAGUGUCUUUCAGUAUCAGUGGCCAGAGGUGGAUGUUUUGAAAAUCAUGUCUGGGUUUGUGAAGAGCUUUUGCAUGACAGCAUUAGGCAGAAACCAUCUAAGAAAAUCAAGAUGCACCAUGUCCCUGAGAUGAGUAUCAGCUGUGUGACUUUGUUUUCAGCUCUUCACAUUGUGUCAGCGGUUUCACUUCCUUUAGGUGAGCACUUUUCAGAAGCUACUGCCUUUGUUAUGCAAGUGAAUCUAUUAAACCUAAUUUUAAAUGAGCAUCUAAAAUUAUAUUUUGUCUUCAAAGGUAGAGCUCUGGUCUUCCAUCAGUGCUUUAACCACAGGCCUGAAGCUUUGGAGCAGCUCCUCCCUUUCCUGCAGAAAUGGAGGGAAUAAAGUUUCCUUUAGAAAAAUGUCAUAUCAAAAUGUUCCUGGUUACAGCAGUCUUGUGUUGUUACCACUGUGUGGACACUGAUAGGAGAGUUCAUAAAUAGCUUUUGUGGUAUUCUCUAUCUUAGUGUGGCCAAACAUGCUGCAGUGGAAACGCUGUAAUAGCAGAGGGGAAGGAAAGAGUGUUGCCUUAACUGGUGUGCAACACAUGCAGGCAAGCCCUUAGCUGUUUUUCCCUUGUAAUUUACAUAUCUCCUGAGUGUUGAGAGUCACACAAUUUCAGUCUCCAAUUCUAAUUAACGUGAAGGAAAGAAAGGAUGGGAUGAACAGCACCAUCAAGUCUCUCAGCAAUUGAUUGUAUGAUAUAAGGUGGAAAGACAUGACAUGAAUACCCUGAGUUUACCACUUAACAUCCGCCGUGGAGGUUCUGAUACCAACCUGAACUUUGAUGUACCAGAUGGGGUCCUAGAAUUUCAUAAAGUCAAACUCAAUGCAGAUAGCUUGAAACAGAAAAUCCUCAAGGUUACAGAGCAAAUCAAGGUUGAACAAACAGCUCGAGAUGGAAACGUGGCUGAGUAUUUGAAACUGGUGAACAGUGCAGACAAGCAACAGGCUGGGCGCAUUAAGCAAGUCUUUGAGAAAAAGAACCAGAAAUCUGCCCACUCCAUUGCCCAGCUACAGAAGAAAUUGGAACAGUAUCACAAAAAGCUCAAGGACAUUGAACAAAAUGGACCUUCCAAAGCUACCAAGGAUACUUCCAAAGAUAACUUGAAAGACGUUCAACAUGGAAAGUCUCGUAGCACCGGGCACGGCACAGAGAGCAGCAAGUCGGGUGUGCCAGGUGUAUCUCUGACACCCCCUGUCUUUGUUUUCAGCAAGUCUAGAGAGUUUGCCAACCUUAUCCGAAACAAAUUUGGUAGCGCAGACAACAUUGCUCAUCUCAAAAAUACCCUGGAUGAAUUUCGGCCAGAAACGAGUUCUAGAACCUAUGGGGGCAGUGCCACCAUUGUUGCCAAACCAAAAUAUGUUAGUGAUGAUGAAUGCUCAAGUGGGACCUCUGGAUCAGCAGAUAGCAACGGGAAUACUUCCUUUAGUCCCGCUGUGGCAAGUACCCUGGACAGCCAAGGAAAGCUUUCCAUGAUUUUGGAGGAACUAAGGGAAAUCAAGGAGACACAGUCCCAAUUAGCUGAUGAUAUUGAGACUUUAAAAACCCAAUUUAAAAGAGACUAUGGCUUUAUUUCUCAGAUGCUACAAGAGGAAAGAUAUAGAUAUGAAAGAUUGGAAGACCAGUUAAAUGACCUCACUGACCUUCAUCAACAUGAGACAGCAAACUUGAAACAAGAGCUAGCCAGCAUAGAGGAGAAGGUGGCGUAUCAGGCCUACGAGCGAUCACGAGAUGUACAGGAAGCGUUGGAAUCAUGCCAGACCCGGGUUUCCAAACUGGAGCUCCAUCAGCAAGAACAGCAAGCACAGCAGUCUGAAACAGUUAAUGCCAAAGUGCUCCUGGGGAAGUGUAUAAAUGUUAUCCUGGCCUUCAUGACUGUCAUCUUAGUGUGCGUUUCUACUAUUGCAAAGUUCAUUGCUCCUAUGAUGAAGAGCCGUUUUCAUAUCAUCUGCACUUUUUUUGCAGUGACUCUGCUGGCAAUAUUUUGUAAAAACUGGGAUCAUAUCAUUUGUGCUAUAGAAAGAAUGAUUAUACCAAGAUGAAGCUGUUGGACUGGCUGGGUUUUUUUUUUCUUUUUUUUUUUUUUUCUUUUCUUUUUCUUUUUUUUCCCCUUUUUUCUUCCCCUCCCUGUUUUUUAAGCACUGUGUGUAUACAAAUUCUGGUGUAAAUAUAAAAAAGUAUACUUGUUGGCAGUCAGUUGCCUGUUCAAUCUGAUUUUGUCUAACUGGCUGUAUCUGUGAUGAACUGCUCACUUAAGUCAGUCUUCUGCCUUAAUCCAAAAGGUUUUCCACUUUCUAAACCCAUACCCACAAAAGAUGGUAUGAUGGUCUGGGAGGGAGCCCAGCAACUGCAAAUGUCAGGUGUGCUUUUUACUAGGCUGGAGUGCAGAGUGUGAUCAAGAGGGAGUGCCAUAAUGUGUAUCAGCUCUGCUACACUGAUAGUUAAUUUUCUCUCUGAAUCCAGCUAGAGUGAUAAGCCAAACUAUGCAGUCAUGUGUACUGAUAGUUCUAGAUUCUAAAUUAAUGAGUAUCAUUAAGUGGGAUUUUGAGUUUUCAAGACUAACAAAACUUGCUGCUUCUGCUGGUAACUUUUUGCACGGAGUUAUUGUUUGUAAAUGAGACCAGUGAUGACUAUUGACCACAGUCAGCAGUUGUUCUGUCCUGGCACUGUUCCUUAUCUCAUUUGCGAAACACAUACAUUUGGCAUAAGACUCCCAAAGAUGGCCUGAAUUGAAUUAUAAGAUCCACAGGCCACUUUGUAAAGGAGUUAAGAAGCAAGUAACUGCUAGGUGAGUUGUCAUACAUACCAAAGCCCUCACUUGUUCAAGCCCUGCAACCUGCAUGGGAAAGAAGUACACAGAGCAGCAACACUGAGGUUAGCCUUUGUUAGCACUGAUUUGUUGGGGUGUUCUGACUGAAUGCAAAGCAUACAGGUGGUGGGACCCUGGGUACAGUGGAUUUCUUUCUUCUGUCAGAUUAAAGAAUGUGGCAGAAACAUGAGGAAACAACUUCUUAGGGGGAGCAGGGAGUUAAACUUCUGUAAAUAUAGGAACUGUAGACACUCUCAACAAACAUUCCUGAAAACAAUGUAUUAACGUGCAGUAUCACUACUAGGAGGCAGGGUUGGGUUUGUUUUCCCACUGGAAUUUAUUUUGCUUGAUUUAAUAACUGAAAAAAAAAAAAUUCCUGAAAUCAGCUUGGGUUUCAGCCAUGAUGUGAAACAAGAUCUUUAUUAAAAACAAACAAACAAACAAACAAACCCACAAAACAAACCACCACAACCAGAAUUCUUCUCCACUCUCCGUUAAGUGAACAAACUGUGUCUCCGAUUAUUUGAUGUUCAGUGUUAGUAACUGUGAAAAUAAUAGUCAUUACAUAUUUUCUUUUCAGUUGCAGUAUUUUUAUGCUGGUAUUAUGGGAGGGAGGGAGGGCACAGUUUGAUGUGUAUAUUUCUUUCUAAUCAAGUGCAAUAGUUGGUGUAGAAGACCUUGUUCUGAGGAAAGGGAGUGGGUGAGGGGAAGGCAGGGAAGAACUCUGGCAUUUUACCACAGUCAGAUAAACAGUGAAUAGUUACUAUUUGUGGCUUCAGGAACUAAGGAAAGGACAGAAUUAACUUAAUAAAUAAUUAUAUAACUCAACGUUUAGAAAAUUCAAUUAAAAUACUUACAAAUAUUUAAAGAAUUUUUUAUAUGUCCUAAGUCUUUACACAGAGAAUCAGGAAGGACUGUGCUGGUUUGCAGUCACUGGAAAUGGAUCAGAUCAGGCACACCCAUGUUAUCUUAACCCAGCCCUACCUCAUCUCAAAUGGGAAGUGGAGUGGAAAAACCAAAACCAAACAAACAAGAGCCCAAACAAGACCAACAACUGGUUCUGAUCCUAAGAAUGCUGUGACUCUUCAUGGUGUUUUCUUGCCAUCUCUAUUAUAAUCUCCAUUCUUCUCUUCAGCUUGCACAACCAACUUCUGCAUUGGCCUCUUGAGAAAAUAGUUAGUUUAGCAUUUUGUUAAAUGGGUUCAGAAAGGUAGAUGUGCAAGAAAGGAAUACCAUGUGUUAAUAAUGUUUACAUUAGAAAAACUCCUUUUUCUAUUGCAUGAUUAUACAUUUAUAUAAUCCUCCCGUUGCUAUUUUAUGUCAUUGAAAUGCUACAUCAGGCAGCCUCAAGGACAGGCAGGAAAAAGGUUAGUAUUUUCCCUAUAACAAAGGAUGUUGGUGUGGUAAUUCACAUUCCCUUCACACCUGGGAAUGUGAAGGCUUCUGCUCCAAAGGCAUCCUGUUACAACUCUGGGAGAUAACCUCAGUGCAAAAUGAAGGUAGAAUCUAAAAUUUAUGUCUCUACAAAAGAUUGCUCGCUGUCUUGACAGAAUCUGACAGGGCCUAAAUUCUAAAUUUGGAACAGGAAGGUCUUUCACUUCCAUAUUGGCUUUAUAGGUGGCUGAGGACAUAGAAAAAGCUAUAAAGGCUGCAUAAUGUUAGUUAUGUAAAUUAAAACAACCUAAUUG